AUGGUGAUCCAGAAUGGCAGGGUCAAAGCCAUCUACUUUCCAGAGAGCGUCGGCAACUUGGAGAAUCUCAACGUUGAGCAAGCGCUAACCAGAUGCGAGCCGUCGUCGACGGUUCUAUCGUCAGUUAUUUGCACUACAACUGAUGCCACAAGCGAAGAAGGAUGCCAGAAAAUGGCGGUUGGCCAGUGA